GGGGAAGGGAGAGAGAGAAGAAGUUAUUGGAGAAGGCUACCUGUAUUCAAUGAGAAAAGAAGAGCAGGUGAUUAGAGGGGAAGUGAGUAAUGCUAAAGUUCAGGUUAGGUAAAAAGUUGUUUUUUAGCUGCAGUUAAUGUCGUGUUAGCUCAACGUCGUGUUAUUUCUUUGUUUGCGAAACUUUGAAACAUGCCCACUAUUAUACCCGCAGAUCCUGAUGCAAUACCAGAUACUGGUGCAAUACCAGAUACUGGUGCAGUACCAGAUCCUGAUGCAAAACCCUAUCCUAAUGUAAUACCUGAGUCUAAUGUAAUAACUGAGCGUGAUGCUAUGCCAUCGCCUGCUCAAGAAGAACAAUCACCGUGUUUCGACGGAGACGUGGAAGGAGCUGCUAGCCAAGCCUGCAGUGAGGACAACGAACAAGACACACCAAAACACAAGGAAACUGACACCCAUGUUCAAAUUGAUGAAGACAGUAAAGAUCUACCACCAAAAUUGUCAUUAACCGAUGACAAUAAACCUGAAGCUGAAUGUUUAAUUCAAGAAGGAAAAGCUAAAGUAAUUUUCAAACCAGGAAGUAGAGCAGUCGACAUCGAACAAAACAGUCCUAAAUCAACACCUUCAUUGCAACCCCAGGUACCAUCAAGCAAAACUAAAUCCCAGCAGUCUCUCUUAAAAUAUUUUCUAAUCUCUAUUAUUCUUCUCAUUGUUGCGAUAACACUGGCGAUUAUUGCUAUUGUCCUAUCUCAGCGGCAGUAUCCUCUACCAGCUCCUCCACUAUUUCAACAUGCCUUCUUUCUCCUAAAAACAAGGGGUUACACUGAGUUAGAGAGCCUAACUAAUUUACAGUGGAUGAAAGUUAUGAACAAGAGUAAAGGGGAUAUCAAACUGCUUGAUAGAACUUACUUUUAUGUACCUGGAGAUGGAAUUUACCUUAUACAGUGUACAAUUCAAAUCUACAUUCCAAAAAAUACUACUGAAUUUCAUAUGUUCGUGACACUGGAGGAAAAGAAUGGAAAGCAAUACGAAUACAUAAAAAAAACUUUAAGUACCUUAACUGCAUCAAAACAUACCAGGAUAACGUUAGCAUCAACACAAUAUCUUAAAGCUUAUGAAAACAUCUAUUUGAGGAUGAACAAGGUAAAAUACAUCAGUUCUGAUAAGAACUCAAGCCGCUGUUCUAUCACCAGCUUGCACCCAGAUAAGCCACAAUAAAAUGGUUAAUGGUUGUGCCUUUCACACAGACUGUUUUCCAAAAAA